UGCCCUCCUGAUCAUACGGUCACUGCUCGGCUCAUCCUUGAGAUGGGCUUUAACGGAGCCUACUGCAGAUAAGGACCAACAUAGCCAUAGGCUGUGUUCAUGAACACUAAGAGGACAACAUAGCAAUUGGCUGUGUUCAUAAACACUAAGAGGACGUUUCUGGGGACCUUCUGACAGGCCUGACAUCUGAAACAAGCAUGGAGCAGGAGUCCAGCCUGGAGGCCAGGUUUGAUGCCGCAGUUGGAGUUAUCCGGAGUUUGCCUGAGGAUGGGCCAUACCAGCCCUCUGACAACAUGAUGCUGAUGUUCUACAGCUACUACAAGCAGGCCACGCUGGGGCCCUGCCAUGCCCCCAGGCCCAUCGGCUUCUGGGACAGUCGGGGGAAGGCUAAAUGGGAUGCCUGGAGCUCUUUAGGAAAUAUGACAAAGGAGGAGGCCAUGAUCAAUUAUGUUGACGACAUUCAACUGAUUCUGGAGACCAUCCCAGUCUCGGAGGAGGUGUCAGAGCUUGUAGAGAAGCUGGGUAACUUCUACUCAGAGGUGGACGGAGCUGGAGAUCAGGUUGAGCAGAACGAGGUGGACAAGAGAGCCUUUACACGACCUUUCGCAGAAUGUGCAGAUGAGCUCAGAAAGCCCAAACCACUGAUGGAAGGCUUCGGGGAUUUGUGGGAGGAUAUUCAGAACCCAGGAAACGACCGAGAUGCAACUAAUGAUCUCUGCCUGGCCAUCUGUGAUGGGGAUAUGGAUAAACACAACAACAGAGAGCACAUGGCCGCCAGUAAUGAGGAUAUACAAAGGAACAGCAUAGCGUUCAGAAACAAGGAAAGUAGUGAUUCAGAAUUCAGUGACGUCGAGGGGAGCUCCAAUGGAGACGACACAGAGGACGAGGACGAGGACCAGGUGGAUGAGGAGGAAGCUAAAGGGGGCCCAGAAAGGAGGAGGACCCCCUUCCCCGGGCUACAGGUCUGGGACGAGGGCAGGUGGUCGGUGAGCAGCAUGGAUCCCAGCGUGUCCUCCGUCACCAACGGGAUCCACAGCUCCUUGAACAGCCAGCUGGAGGACGAGGAGCUGGCCUCGCUUCAGCCUCAUGCACCAAGAAGCUCAAACAUGAGAGUCAACGGUCGUCAGAGUGAUAACAGUGGUGCCAUUCCUGAGAAAAACCACAGAACAGCAGACUCGGACAAUGAAGAAUUCUGUGAUUCAAUGGAACAUCUGGCUAUGGAAGAGUCGUCUGGAUUCAGAAAAACCUCAGGGAGACGAAGGGAGGAUGUCAAACAGCACGGACAACCCCUUCUUGAAUAUGAGUUUGGUACAGUCCGAACCCCAAGCUCCUUAUCAAGGAGAGGUAGAGAGUCCGUGUCACCCAGGACUUCCUCUGGCUCACAGCUGUGUGUCAACAUGGUCGCCGCUUGUCAGUGCGUCUCUGCACGAGGACAUUCUGGAGGCGUCACAAUGGGUCAAAACAACGAGCAGAUAGCUACUGCGCUGCUUAGGUUACAAGAGGACAUGGCUAACGUGCUACACAGGCUCCACACGCUGGAGGUUCUGACUGUCUCACAGUCGAGAUCCCAGUCGCCAAGGCAGGAGGGAUUCUCAUCCCUGACGCACAAAUUCAUUAAAUUCCGGAAAUAUCUGUGGUGGCCUUUCCCCUUCUCUCCAAUCACAGCAGCAUUGAUGACUUUUUGGCCCCUUGUUGCCCAUUGGCUGGUUCAGCUAUACUUACAGCGGAGGAGAAGGAAAAUAUGCUGAUGUUAACCGUUCAGGAGUGCUUCUCACAUGUAACAUGGAGAUGUAACAUGGUUUCGGAAGAAUUCCAUCCCCCAAGGGAAGUGGUGAACAGCCAUGUUGAAACAAAAACAUGUCUGAAAGGGAAAUAAACAUUGUAUACAAACCGCAAAAA